AGUGACGCGCCGGAAGGGCGGGGCGCUCUAGCCGCCCGGGCCGCGCUCUAUGGCGGAGGCGCCGCGGGCCGGGGGCGGCGGGGGCGGCGGGGGCCGGGGGCGCCGAUGGACGAGGCCAGCCUGGAGGCCGCGCUGCGGGCGGCGGGCGCGCAGCUGCAGCAGGUGGAGCGCGCCCUGGGCGCCGGCCUGGACCCCGCCGAGCUGGCCGACCUGCGGCAGCUGCGCGGCGACCUGCGGGAGCUGGUGGCGCUGACCGAGGCCAGCCUGGAGUCGGUCCGCCAGAGCCGGCGGCUGGCCACGCUGGCCGGGCCGGCGGGGGCGGGGGGCGCGGGGGCGGCGGGGGGCGCGGAGGCGGAGGACGCGGAGGAGGAGGAGGGGGAGGGCCCCGGCCCCGCGCCGGACGCCGCCCCCGCCGCCGCGGACCCCGGCCCCGACCCCGCCGCCUGGGCCGGCCGCACCGUGCGCGCGCCCUUCCGCGGCGCCUGGGGGCCCCCCGAGCACCACAACGCCAUGGUGGUGGGCGCCGAGCCGGCGGGCGUGCGCGUGCUCUGCCUCUGCCCCACGCGCGCCGCGCUCAAGCCCUGCCCCUUCUUCCUGGACGCGCGCUGCCGCUUCCAGGACAGCUGCAGGUUCUCCCAUGGGCAGGUGGUUUCCGUGGACGAGCUGCAGCCCUUCCAGCCCCCAGACCUGAGCUCCCUGCAGGCUGGCUCUGCAUGCCUGGCCAAGCACGAGGACGGCCUCUGGCACCCGGCCCGGGUCCUCGACGUGGACAGCGGCUACUACACGGUGCGCUUCGACACCCUGCCGGUGAAGGAGGCUGUGCUGGAGGGGGACAGUGUCCUGCCUCCGCUGCACGCCGAGCCCCCCGCGUCCUCCGACUCAGAGGGCAGCGACACGGAUGAUGCCAGCUACGCCCGAGUGGUGGAACCCGACGCGGCCCCCAGCGGGCCCUGCAGCUCCGCCUUUGGCGGCUGGGAGGUGCACACGCGCGGCGUCGGGUCUCGUCUUCUGGCCAAGAUGGGCUACGAGCCUGGCAAGGGUCUGGGCCCGCGGGGCCAGGGGCGGGUGGAGCCCAUCCACGCUGUGGUGCUGCCGCGGGGCAAGUCGCUGGACCAGUGCGCGGAGAUCCUGCAGAGGAAGACCAAGGGCGGCCAGGCCGGCGCCCCCAAGCCCCCCAAGAGUCGGAGGCGUGGGGCCGGGGCUGGGGCUGGGGGCCGCUCGCCCCCUCGCAGCGUGUUUGACUUCCUGAACUCCAAGCUUCAAGGCCAGACUCCAAAGGCGCCCCCGGAGGCAGGAGCAGCGCCCCCUGGCGGGAGAAAGAGGGGCGGCAAGGACUUGUACCACGCGGGCAAGAGCGCCAAGCGGGCCCUGGGCCUGGAGCUCUUCCACACGCAGGAGAAGAUUGAGCAGGCCCUGAAGGACAUCAGGGGCAUCCAGGAGGCCCUGGUCAGGAACUCUGGCCGGCACGGCGUGACCGUGGCCCAGCUGCAGGAGAAGCUGGCUGGGGCCCAGCAGCACCUGGGCCGGCUCCGAGCCCAGGAGGCAGGCCUGCAGCAGGAGCAGAGCAAGGCAGACACGCACAAGAAGAUGACCGAGUUCUAGACCUGCGGACUCAGCCCGGGAGGACCAGCAGCACCGCGGGGGAGGGCGGCCGGGGCUGCUUCCAGGGACAUUAAAGACGUUCUGUUGUUUUC